AUGGCUUCGGUUGCCAAGGUGUAUUACAGCCAGACCACUCAGACAGAAAGCCGGCCCCUGAUGGGCCCAGGGAUCCGGAGGAGGAGAGUCCUCACAAAAGAUGGUCGCAGCAACGUGAGGAUGGAGCACAUCGCGGACAAGCGCUUCCUCUACCUCAAGGACCUGUGGACCACCUUCAUUGACAUGCAGUGGCGCUACAAGCUUCUGCUCUUCUCUGCUACCUUCGCAGGCACCUGGUUCCUCUUUGGUGUGGUGUGGUAUCUGGUAGCCGUGGCCCAUGGGGACCUGCUGGAGCUGGGCCCCCCGGCCAACCACACCCCCUGCGUGGUACAGGUGCACACGCUCACCGGGGCCUUCCUCUUCUCCCUCGAGUCCCAGACCACCAUUGGCUAUGGCUUCCGCUACAUCAGUGAGGAGUGCCCACUGGCCAUUGUGCUUCUUAUUGCCCAGCUGGUGCUCACCACCAUCCUGGAAAUCUUCAUCACAGGUACCUUCCUGGCAAAGAUUGCCCGGCCCAAGAAGCGGGCGGAGACCAUCCGUUUCAGCCAGCACGCAGUCGUAGCCGCCCACAAUGGGAAGCCCUGCCUUAUGAUCCGAGUGGCCAACAUGCGUAAGAGCCUCCUCAUUGGCUGCCAGGUGACAGGCAAACUACUUCAGACCCACCAGACCAAGGAGGGUGAGAACAUCCGCCUCAACCAGGUCAAUGUGACUUUCCAAGUGGACACAGCCUCUGACAGCCCCUUCCUCAUCCUCCCCCUUACUUUCUACCACGUGGUGGAUGAGACCAGUCCCUUGAAAGACCUGCCCCUCCGCAGUGGUGAGGGCGACUUCGAGCUGGUGCUGAUCCUGAGCGGGACAGUGGAGUCCACCAGUGCCACGUGCCAGGUGCGCACCUCCUACCUGCCGGAGGAGAUCCUCUGGGGCUAUGAGUUCACACCCGCCAUCUCGCUGUCAGCCAGCGGCAAAUACAUAGCAGACUUCAGCCUUUUUGACCAAGUGGUGAAAGUAGCCUCUCCAAGCGGCCUCCGUGACAGCACUGUACGCUAUGGAGACCCCGAAAAGCUCAAGUUGGAGGAGUCGUUAAGGGAGCAGGCUGAGAAGGAGGGCAGUGCCAUCAGCGUGCGCAUCAGCAAUGUCUGA